CGAAUGCUAAAGUAAGUCACCUAAUACUUGUUUUAGAAGCUAGAUUUGUCUUCUUCAUGAUUUAAUAUCUGAAUGCUAAAUUUCUAAUCAAAGCUCUAUCAAUUAAAAUAUGAACUGUCCAAACUUUGACUUACUACUCAUUAUCCGUUGCAUUAAUUUUCUAUUUUCUGGUGAGUUAACCCUUGCAAUAUGUUGUUCUAUCAAGAAAUGGUAGGCCAAUAUGAUUUGACCAACGAGCAUGUCCGAUGUAUUCACCUCCACUAGUCAUAUGAACUAAUGGGCUUUUUCUCUCAUGUAUAUACGCAAUCGUAAGACACGAUGUUGUGGAUCGCUGAGUUGAAUGCUUAUUAUUUCUAAGCCUUUAUACCCAAAUCAAAUCUUUGCUUUGUUGACCUUUCUUUUUAAUUUGUGCAAUAUCCCUUAUAAUAUUCCAAUUUGCUUUGUUUGAGGAUUGCAUUCUCGAUGGGGUAAGGAAUUGUGUAUUGUUUUUUCUACCAGCGACUGAAACCAGACUUUGGAGCACUUCCAAGGGUUGUAAACAAUGGCGAAGGAUGAACAAAGUGGCGGGGAACCUGAACCAAGAGAAGAAGAGGGCGCUGAAGCUGCAGAAUUGUUGUUGUUUCAGACAAAUGAAUGUUAUGUCUAUAUGAUACCUCCAAGGAAAAGCUCAGCAUCAUACAGGGCAGAUGAGUGGAAUGUAAACAAAUGGGCAUGGGAGGGUGUCUUGCGGGUUGUUAGCAAAGGGGAGGAAUGCAUGGUAAAGCUUGAGGAUAAGAAUACAGGUGAAUUGUAUGCUCAGGCAUUUGUAAGAAGAGGUCAACCACUUCCUGUAGAGCCUGUAAUAGACAGUAGCAGAUACUUUGCACUUUGCAUCGAGGAGAAUUUUGGUGAGCGGACAAGGCAUGCUUUUAUUGGAAUUGGUUUCCGAGAGAGACCUGAAGCAUAUGAUUUUCAAGCUGCACUCUAUGACCAUAUCAAAUAUUUGGAUAAAAAACAGGCUGCAGAGGAAAUGGAGCAGCAAUAUCAAACAAAAGAAUCUAUCGACUACAGUCUUAAAGAGGGCCAGACACUAAAACUACAGUUGAAAAAUCCACAAAAAGGAACUGGAACCAGGAAGUCUGCCUUUUUUGAGCAAGAGCUGGACAAAAUUUCAUUGCAUGAGAGUGGAGACAAGUGUCGUCCAUUACCGUGUUUAGUACCACCACCUCCUCCACCAGCACCAUCAUCACCUUCUGCCACCUGUUAUGGAUCAGAGAAAAAGUUGAUGCCUUCACCAUCAGCCACCAUGCAUACUAAAUCAACAAAAUCUUCAACUAUUGAUGAAGGGGAAAAUGAAGGGCUUAGCAAAAAAAAUGAUGGAGAACAAGACAGUUUUGAUGAUGACUUUGGAGAUUUCCAAACAGCGGGUUAAAUCAUAUCAUGUUGGAACAGAAAUAAAUAUGUUCUGAUUGAUGACCCACUCAGGGCCAUGCUUGGUUUCAAAGACAUCAAUUAUGAUGCUGUAUGAACAUAGGGCUUAUUUGAGGUUAUUGCCAGUAUGAUCUAUUGAUGUUGAAGUUAUAUAAAUUCUGAAUGGGAAAGGAGGAACUAAAAUUGGUGCUCACAUCUCUAAAACUUAUUCAGAUAAUGGAUUCUUUUUUCUGCUUAUUUGACCAUAUAAACAGCAGCGUGGUGACAGGUUGGUCCAUGUAGAUAGAAAAUAUAUACCCUCCGGUACUUCUGCCCAGGUGUCAACACAGAUGGACACUUGUUUGGUUAUUUCAUGUUAAAAAAGUUAUUUUAGGUAAUUUGUCUCAGGAUUGACGUUGAAAAUAAAUGAAAAAAAGUAUAGUUUCUUA